AUGGCGAAAGGUAAUAAAACUAAAGAGAGAAAAGCCAAAGAGACGAAACACAAACAAGAAAUACAAUUAAAAGAGGAACCGUAUGUAGAAGAAGAUGAAGUGAAAGAGGAACCGGAUGCAGUAGAAAGGCAGCCGGCUGUAGAAGAAGAAGAAGUGAUAGAGGAACCGGAUGCAAUAAAAGGGCAGCCGGAUGUAGAAGAAGAAGAAGAUGAAGCACGGACCUUUGAAGAGCUAGGCUUAGACCCUAGGCUAAUUCGAGCCCUAAACAAGAAAGAAAUUAGCAUUACAGAGCCAACUCCAAUUCAACGAGUCGCCAUUCCUCUGAUUCUUCAAGGGAAAGAUGUGGUUGCCCGGGCGAAAACAGGAUCAGGGAAGACAUUAGCCUACUUGCUUCCUUUGCUUCAGAAGCUGUUCGGUAUGACUGAUUCGAGCCGAAAAAAGCUUGCUCCUUCAGCAUUUAUUCUAGUGCCAAGUGGAGAGUUAUGUCAACAGGUUUUUAAGGAGGUUUCGUCGCUGAUAGAUUCAUGUAAAGUUCAAUCGAAAGCUGUUCAGUUGACUAGCAACAUGCUUGCUUCUGAUCUGCGGAAUGCGUUGGCUGGACAGCCGGAUAUUUUGGUGUCUACACCAUCUUGUGUAGCUAAGUCCUUGUCAGCUGGCGCACUAAAAUCAGAAUCUAUUAAUGACUCGCUUGAAAUUCUUGUUCUUGAUGAGGCAGAUCUCUUGUUGUCAUUUGGCUAUGAAGAUGAUCUAAAAGCUCUUACUGCUCAUGUCCCAAGACGUUGUCAAUGCCUUCUUAUGUCUGCUACUUCAAGUGCUGAUGUUGACAAACUGAAGAAGCUCAUUCUACACAAUCCAUAUGUUUUGACCUUGCCAGAAGUUGAAGGUGUUAAGGAUGAAGUUAUCCCCAAAAAUGUUCAGCAAUUUUGGUGCCAGAUUGAACUUUGGUUAUAUUUUGGUUUUGAGCUUGUUGAUAACACAAUUGGCCUUAAACUGAAAUCCCUCUGUAAACCUUGGGCACUAGCUGAAAGAAGACUGGAAUAUGAAGAGAAUGACCAAUAUAUCAGAAUCUGUCAAAUUUAUGUCAAAGUAAAACUUCGGGUUAUCAUUAACGUUUCAUGCGGUGAUCGUGACAAGCUAGUUUAUAUUCUUGCUCUUUUGAAGCUGGAGCUGGUUCAGAAAAAAUUUGGAAUAAAGUCUGCUGUUUUAAAUGCUGAGUUGCCGCAGAAUUCUCGUCUCCAUAUACUUGAGGAAUUCAAUGCUGGGCUGUUCGAUUAUUUGAUUGCAACUGAUGACAGAGAAACAAAAGAGAAGGAGCAAGCCAAUGGAGGAAGUCUUGCUGAGUCAAGAAAAUCGAAAAAGCAUGCCAAGCCAAAGUUGGAUUCUGAAUUUGGAGUGGUGAGAGGAAUUGACUUCAAAAAUGUAUACACGACUCUAGACUCAGAGGUUAUAAAUUAUGAUAUGCCUCUAAGUGCCACUGGAUAUGUACAUCGAAUUGGACGUACUGGAAGGGCACACAGUACUGGUGUUUCUGUCUCUCUGGUUUCUCCAGAUGAGAUGGAAAUUCUUGAAGAAAUAAAAUCCUUUUUAGGGGAUGACGAAAGCAAUGAAUCAAACAUUAUUUCUCCAUAUCCGUUGCUCACAAAGAAUGCAGUGGAGUCUAUACGGUACAGAGCCGAGGACACAGCAAAGAGUGUAACAAAAGUUGCUGUCAGGGAAGCACGAGCUCAGGAUUUGAGAAAUGAAAUACUUAACUCUGAAAAGUUGAAGGCUCAUUUUGAAGUCAAUCGUAGGGACUUAGAUCUUCUGAAACAUGACAAAGUUCUGAGCAAGAAGCCCCCAGCUCCACAUCUAUCUAAUGUGCCUGACUACCUAUUGGAUGCAACAACCAAGGAAGCAAGCAAGAUGGUCAAGAUUGCUAGAGCUGCAAUGGGAAAUAAUAACUCUGCUCGCCGCCAAGGUCCGAAGAGAAACUUUGGAAAAAAUCGAGACCCCCUCAAGUCUUUCUCUGCCGAGGCCUGCUUAAGGGCACUCAAUCGUCUGAACCUCUUUAAGAUGUUCUCAACACCUGAUUUGAAUCCAGCAACAUUAUCAUCAAUGGCAUAG